CAGCCGUGUUUCAUACUGGCGGUCUGAAGAGGCUGAAAUGUUGGACGGUUUCGGGAUUGUUUUCGUUGACUCUCGCAGUGUCCACCACGAUAUAACAGUUGGUACUAAGAGAGGAUCUGACGAGCUUGUCUCCAGCGUCUCCAGCGGCCCGUAUAUCAUGAGCACCACAGCCAAUGGCAACGACAGCAAGAAGUUCAAAGGUGACAUAAGGGGUCCCAGCGUGCCAUCCAGGGUCCUCCACAUCCGCAAGCUCCCCAUCGACAUCACAGAGGCCGAAGUGAUCAGUCUGGGCCUGCCCUUCGGAGACGUCACCAACCUGUUGAUGCUCAAAGCCAAGAACCAGGCCUUCUUGGAGAUGAACUCGGAGGAAGCGGCUCAGAACAUGGUGGGGUAUUACUCCACGGUGAUGCCCGUCAUCAGACACCAACCCGUCUACGUCCAGUUCUCCAACCACAAGGAGCUCAAGACGGACAACUCCCCCAACCAGGAGAGAGCCCAGGCAGCUCUCCGGGCCCUCAGCUCGUCUCACAUGGACAUGGCGGUGCCGGCUCCCAGCUCAGUGCUGCGGGUCGUGGUGGAGAACCUGAUCUACCACGUCGGGCUGGACGCGCUCUGCCAGAUCUUCUCAAAGUUCGGGACGGUGCUGAGGAUCAUCGUCUUCACCAAGAACAGCCAGUUCCAGGCGCUGCUGCAGUACGCAGACGGGGCAUCGGCCCAGGCGGCCAAACUGUCUCUGGACGGGCAGAACAUCUACAACGGCUGCUGCACCCUGAGGAUCAGCUUCUCCAAGCUCAACAGCCUCAACGUCAAGUACAACAACGAGAAGAGCCGGGACUUCACCCGGCCGGACCUGCCCUCCGGGGACAACCAGCACCUGGACCACCAGGCCAUGGCCGCCGCCUUCACUCCAGGCCUCAUCUCGGCUGCCCCGUACCCCGGAGCCACGCACGCCUUCCCACAGGCCUUCACCAUCCAGCACGCAGGCCUGACGGUCCCACAAAUCCCCGGAGGCCUGGCGUCCCUGGCCCUCCCCGCCGCCGCCAGGAUGGGUUUCCCCGCCAUCCCGGCGGGUCACUGCGUCCUGCUGGUCAGCAACCUCAACCCCGAGAGAGUUACGCCCCACUGCCUAUUUAUUCUCUUCGGUGUCUAUGGAGACGUAAUGAGAGUGAAGAUUCUGUUCAACAAGAAGGAAAACGCUCUGGUUCAGAUGAGCGACAGCACUCAAGCUCAGCUAGCCAUGAGUCACCUCAACGGCCAGCGGCUGCACGGGAAGUCUCUUCGCAUCACGUUGUCCAAACACACGAGUGUCCAGCUGCCCCGCGAAGGCCACGAGGACCAAGGUCUGACCAAAGACUACAGCAACUCGCCCCUGCACCGCUUCAAGAAGCCAGGCUCCAAAAACUAUUCCAACAUCUUCCCGCCUUCCGCCACCUUGCACCUCUCCAACAUCCCCCCUUCUGUGGUUGAAGACGAUCUGAAGCUGCUGUUUUCCAGUUCAGGAGCCGUUGUCAAGGCCUUCAAGUUCUUUCAGAAGGACCACAAGAUGGCUCUGAUCCAGAUGGCCUCUGUGGAAGAGGCCAUCGAGUGCCUGGUCCAGUUCCACAACCACGACUUGGGAGAGAACCACCACCUGCGCGUCUCCUUCUCCAAGUCCAGCAUCUGAGCCUCCGACUGCCAUCUGGAUCCUCUCGGCUCGUCGGCGCUCCGACCCGACGGUGUCCACUACACUCCGAUCAUUCCAACGCACGUCUGCAGAAACAACCGUGAAGUCUGUUGUAAUGUUAAAUUAUUUUUAAAACCUUUUUUUAGAUUCUUUACUUUCAGAGGGGAUUAGGGAUUGUAGAGAAAAUACAAACAAGUCCCGGAUUAGUCGGAGACUAGAGUCAGUGUUCUGAGUUUUCAGCAUUUUUACGACAAAGCCAGAAUUCUUCGGUGAUAGUCGGAGUUCAGACGAUGAAGUUGGAACCGUUUUCAGACUCUUGCCUUGUGACUUUAAUCCCACGUUCAGAGUUAAAGUCGGCCUUUUAAAUUUGUUAUUGAGGAACUCUGACUGAAAUGUUUGAAUUCUAGCUUGAUUAACUCAGAACGAUCACUUUAAUCUCAGAUUCCCGGUUCACAUGUGGCCCUAAUCCGUUUCCCGCCCGCCGUAGCAGCGUUCGGGAAGUUGUAGCUUUAUCCUCCACCAGUCAGAUCUCAGCCCGGCGUCGCCCGCAGAGGCCUGGAGAGACCUGCAGAGGAUCCCUGUGCCUUAUUCCUGGAGUCAGCGAGACUUCCACUUUAACAAAAACAGCCUCUGUGAAUUGGCAAACGCAGGUUUACAGUUGAAAAAGGUUUACUGUUGAGAUGUAUUACAGAUAUAUUCAUAUUUUAUGUGUAUUUUAUUGGCGUUGUCGGUUGUCGUUAGUGUUUUGUACUGCUGGUUAUCAUAGCGUGAAACAUGUGAAUUGAUUGUUUUAGCGGGUUUGCUGGAUCUUUAGUCCUAGAUGCAAUUUUGUUUUCUACUUCUCUUUGACUUCUUCUUCUUUAUUUUCACAUAUGCAAUCAUUUUGUAAUCAAAUAUCGUAGCAAUAUUUUAAUCAUUCCUGUACUCGUGUUUUUCUGGUGUCUCUGCGCUCGGCUGCUUCCUCUGUCUCUGAAUGUUUCGUUUGCUUUUCCCCGUCUGUCGCACUGCCUCCCCUGAAGUUUUAUUUAUAUAUAUUUGUGAUCCACUACAGCUGAAACCAAAAACGGCCUUCUAGAUGCAAACAAAUCCGCAUGCCUCAGGUUUCUGGUUUUAAGGACUUAAAGCCACUCCGUGUAGCGAUACCACCCCUGACCACAUGGGGGCAGCACAUCGCCAGAAAGUUUGUUACAACCCCUUUACACAGAGUGAAGAGAACUGGACACACCGCAAGUCUUUCCAACGCUGGUUAAUCCAAACAUUGCAAAUGGGCGGCGCAAGCAGGCCUGGGAGCCGACUGAGACACACCCACUUCAGCUCAGUAACCACAAGUUCCACGCUUAGCUUGGCUGGAGUAGCUGGUGCUAAUUAUUGAUGUUUACUAAUUCUCAAAGGUUUGAAUCAAGGGGGUUUCCUUUUGUUGAAGACGUUUCCUGCUCCGUCCAGAAAGCAUCUCAAGUUGAUGCUUUCUGGGAGGAAGAUGAAAGAAAACUGGGUCCAGGGUCCGUGUACUUCGCGGCCAUCUGUUUUUUAUUUUGAAAUGACAAAAUAAAAAUAGAGAAAUAAUCCAAAAUAAUCCGACUCCCAUCUUUUUUUUGAUAAUGGAAAACGGAUCGUUAUCCGUUAUCCGAUUUCAUUGAUGUGUUUGAAAAUCGAAAUUGGGAAUUGGGGGAGGGGGCAGUAUGUUAGAGUUCAGUACAUGUUAUUGAUUGGACGCUGCUUUUUUUUUUACGCUGCAGCUGAACAGACUGUCACAACGUCACUGCAGUUUCAUGACGGAGUGAAGACAGAUUACAGAUUAAACUCAUGUUUCACUCCCAGGUUUCAUAUUUGAUUUAUUUUCUGUUUCAACAUUAAAAAAAAUCUAAAACUGUUAAUUUUCAAUCUGAUCAACAAAAGAACCAGAAACAACUUUCUUCAUUUAUUACUGCGCAUGUGCAAUCCCCCCAUUUGUCCAAUCCUUGUUUUCAGUAUCCUUGGAACGAAUAGGAAAUAGCGAAAAGAGUUUUCCACUCGCUGUUUUAAUUCCCAAUUUCGAUUUUCAAACGCAUCAAUGAAAUCGGAUAACGGAUAAUGGAUAACGAUCCGUUUUCCGUUUUUUUUAUUAUCAAAACAAAAGAUGGGGAACGGAUUAUUUUGGAUUAUUUCUCUAUUUUUAUUUUGUCAUUUCAAAACAAACGGAUGGCCGCCAAGUACGCGGACCGUCCAGUUGCCUUGAUUCAACCCUCCUUGAGUUGACGGGACCUGGAAGACUUUACACCAAUUAACCAAUGUUGCCCUGCAUUCAGUCUGAUCGGUUCUGUCCGCCCAUCCUCUUUCCAGAUGUCGCUAACAAGCAGCAUCCCAAACGGGUGCAGACAGAGCUGAAAUGAGGACUAGCCCUGGGACCCGCCGUGGCUCGGCCUCGCCGGGCAACGGCCACCCGCAACCCGUUUGCUAGUGAUCCGUUUCAUCAACUUAAACGGUUCUGGAAUGGUCCUCCUCGAUGCUCGAUCAGGACCAGUAGAUGAGUCGGCCCCGGCUAGCAGGGCUGAUAACGAGCGCUUCAGGCCGCUUGGCUAAGCUUCCCCUCCGAACCCUGUCAGAGGUCGUGUCCCACGCUCCUAACCAUGCAUUCAUUUUCUGGGUUCAUGCUCUGAUUUUAGUUAUGAACUCGAGGUACAGAGACCAAGACAGGUUUUAUUAUCCUGGCUACAAGAAUAUUUAUUUUCAGACAUUUUAACAUGAAGGUCAACAGAGAGGAACUUGCUUUCGGAGCCAAACCUUAGUGGUCGUUUGAAUUUAAACUAAAGAACUGACCCGACACGCCGCCUUUCCCCGCUCACUAGCGCAGCAUUGCUGACGUUGUCAUGGCAGCGGAUCUGCGAGCCGCCAGGUGGUCGGGAGUGGUAUUGCUGCAUAGAGUCACUUUACAAAACAAAAAGGUGAGUUGAUUGAAGCUUUCUUGGUGUUUUCCUGUGGGAAUGUUUUUAUUGAUGUCUCAGCCGCCUCACUGGAUUCGGGCGCCGGUGCGACUGGUUUCUUUUUGCAAAACAAGAUGUUAUUUGGAGUGCCUUCAACGCAGCACCGAGUCGUUCGUCAGGCCUACGUUCCCUCUUUAUUCGGAGAUAAAAGUUUGACGGGAGAACUCCCGCAGCGCUCUUCACGAAACCAGAAGAUGCUGCUCUGACUUAUUUGUGUCCUUUUUAUUUUAAUUCUAGUCAUUUUUUUGUUAUAAUGUCGACAUUCCAGAUGCUCAGAAUUCCACCCCGUCUUCAGAAAGACCACGACCCCAUCACUGCUUGAACCAAAUGUUUCCUCUAAUUGAGCCGCUGAUUUCUACAGUUGUGAUGCGUUCAGUACACCUGGGAAGAGUUUAGUAGCUGAAAGUUUGACACCACGCGGAAAGAAAAACAAACGGUCGUGGUGUUCGGGUGCUGGUCCGACCUCAUGGCAUCCACAGAGGAAGCAGAGCGGCGGUCACGUGUCGCCUGGAUCUGCACACCGUCGGCUCUUUCUGCUUAGAUUCGCUCGUUUUCUGAUCCAUUCGGUCCUGGUUUCAGAUGUUCCUACUAAAUAUCUGAAACCAGGACUCUUGGGGCUCCUCAUAUUACUUUGUCACAGGACUUAACCUGCGCUGAGCUUAACCGCUCUUCUCCCAACGCACAAAGAAAUAAGUUAAAUGCAUUUACUGCUGUAAAAUACUGGCUUUGUUAAGUCUCUGAUUCUUCCGUUUCACAAUCAAAUGUUGUUUUUCCUCCUUAAAACCAAAGUAAAAUAAUGUAAGAGAAGCUCUGUUUUUGAACAAAAAACCAAGAUUAUUAGUUGUGUUCAUGUGAUGGAGAUAAACACAACAAAUAACACGUUUUUAGGUGAUAAAACUGAUCAGAUGUUUCCUUAGAAGAACCAGUGGGUUUUAAUGGAUCAGCACCAGUGCUCGCAGUUUUGGUGCAGAGAUUUUUAAAAAGUAUAAAAAGGCCUUUUAACCUAAACUAAAUGCAUGAUGAAAUGGUGUCUGAAUCAGGUCCAGCAUGGCUUCCAAAGCUGGAUCAAUAGACGUUUUUAUUUUUAUGGAGGAUCGUGGGGUCGUCGUUAGUAAGAGUUAAAGGCAGGGUAAGUGUUUCUGUGCCGGUUCAGACCCACAACAGUAUUUGUCACAUUCAGGGAAUAUGGAGAUCCACUUGAUUUAAAUAAAUCCACUUACAACAUGGCUCUGAAAACACCCCGUCAUGAACUUGGUAGAGGUCAUGAAUGGGGCCUUUUCUCAGUGGAGGGAGGAGGUACUUCUGUGUUUAGAGAAAUCACUUACCCUACCUUUAAUGGAAUACCUGCUUGAUCAGUUUAAAGAUACUUUAUUGAUCCCCAAAGGGAAUUAAUCAGUCCUGAAGCAGCGUCCCGGUUCAGGGGCUGCAUCAGUGGAUGGUGCGGCCAAAUGAGUGUUGGUAGGAGGAGGCGGCCUUAACUUGAUUUAAAUCACUGGCAUCAGGACCGUUUUUCAUCCGUCUUGUGAGACGGAGGCAGGAAAUCGUGAUUUUACUUCCGCUCUUAUUAUGAAAAUUAUGAGAUGAAAUUUAAACUUAAUCUUAAUUUCUUGCUGCUGUUCUCCCAAAUGUAACUGCUGGUGUUUGACAAAGCGCGACACUUUGAAGGAAGCAGCUCCUGAACAGGGAUUUUGUCCGCCUGGCUACAGCGCUGAAAAAAUGAAAAAGGUGAUCUUGUGUCCUUUACCUGGCCAAGAGUUUUUUUGCGUGUUAUUAGAUGCCUCAGAUCUUUCCAGAAUGACAUUCCUUUAAAGUAGUGGACCACCGCUUCCUUCCAGCUUUCUCCAAGUCUGCAUUAAAGCAGCAGGUUCAGAAUUAAACCUCCGACCCAUCAGCGCGUUUUCCUCAGCACGAAUCAAAGUUUGCUCGGGAAGGUUACCGAGUGACAAAACGGUUACAGAUUAUAUCACUGGGUGGGAGGAGCCUUAAACACUAGUUCCUACAUAAAUGUACUUGCUCACAUGCUGCGUUAGAUUCCCGUCACAUGACUCUCCUAGGUUUCUCCCAGGUGUCCUCGAACGCAUCACAAGCCUUUGGCGUCAGGUGAGGCGGGAAUGGGACCCGGUGAGAGGAGGGAGGGAGGUGAUCAACUGUACAUACGUGUUUUAUACGCAGUUGUCUGAGAGGUGAUUGUCGGUUUUAUAUCUGAUGUAUAUUUUGAUUAAAGUGUGCGAUCGGUUCUGAGCCUUACACUGUUUGUGUCACAAAGAAAAAAAACAGAUUAAAUCACUUUUUAUCUAAA